UCUGAAAUAAAUGUCCUAAUAUCUAAUAUUACCAUUAUACCUUUACUCUCCUCUCUUCACUAAAAUACUAACACUACACACAGCGCGGCUCCCCCUCGCGCCACACACGCUUAGCCACUGAUCUCAUUUCCCGUGCCUCACUUCCUCCGGAGGCGUCCGCGAGCCAGUUCGAGGCGGUCGGAGUCGCAGGGUGCGCGCGCUCCGUCAUCACGGCGUUACCGGGCAACUUCAGCACGGACCGCGCGGACACCACGGACCCCUCAGCUGCCGCUGUUCUCCCCCCACGACCGGCCUCUCCUUCAGCGCGGCGGCCCCCCGCUCCACCAUGAGUCCGAGCUGAUCUCCAGUCCGGGGGUUCUGGGGGUCCAGGUCUGCAUCGUGAGCGAGCGUGUGAGCUCUUCCAGAGGAAGGAGCUGCCUCGGGCCUCGUGCCCCAGGUUCUAAGGUCAGCAGCAGUGUCCAGUGGAGAGGAGGUGGAUCAGGAGGGCGUGAUGGAGAAGGAGGAGCUGAAGAUCGUUAAUAAAGGACUGGAGGAUGAGAUGGAGCUGAGCGGGUACCGGCUGUGCCGCUGGAAGCUAGCGCUGGUGGCAGUGGGGGUGUUGUGCACGGGGGGCUUUCUGCUGCUGCUGCUCUACUGGAUGCCUGAAUGGUGCGUGAAGGCCACCUGCACCCGCACCACCAUCAGGGACGCUCAGGUGGUGCUGCUCCGGAGUACCGAUGAGUUUAAGCGCUGGUUCCGGGCCAAGGUGCGUGUGAUGCUGGCCCCAGGAAAGAACCCUUACAUCAGCCUGGACUCUAAGACCGCCACGCCCACCGCCAACGGCCACAUGCCCCGCCCCUCCGACACCCCAGCCGAGGGGUUCAUCAGGAAAUACGCCGAGUACCAGCCUGUGCAGAUCCGGUAUUUUACGCUCCAUAGCACAAAGUACUAUUGGAACGACGCCAUCCAGAACUUUGGAGUAUUGACGGGUCUGGAGGAUCUGGGGUUGAGAUAUUCCGGCCUCCACUCGGAGCACAGCGGCGGCCUCAGCCAAGACCAGCAGGAGUACAGGAAAUUAUUUUUUGGAGUGAAUGAAAUUGCUGUGAAAGUGCCUUCCCUUUUCAAGCUGCUAAUCAAGGAGGUCCUCAACCCCUUCUACAUCUUCCAGCUCUUCAGUGUUAUCCUGUGGAGUGCAGAUGAAUACUAUUACUACGCUAUGGCUAUAGUGUUAAUGUCUGUCAUAUCGAUAGCUGCCUCUCUCUACACCAUCAAAAAGCAAUACGUCAUGUUACACGACAUGGUGGCUGCCCACAGUAUUGUGCGUGUAUCAGUCUGCAGAGCUAAUAACGAGAUCGAAGAGGCGAUGUCCACAGAUCUGGUACCCGGUGACGUCAUGGUCAUCCCCAGCAACGGCACCAUCAUGCCCUGUGACGCAGUGCUGAUCAGCGGAACCUGCAUCGUCAACGAGAGCAUGCUGACAGGCGAGAGCGUUCCCGUCACCAAGACCAACCUGCCCAACCCGCCUCCGGGAGAGAAAGGGGCGGAGGAGGACCAGGUCUACAGCAUCGAGGAGCAUAAGAGACACACACUGUUCUGUGGAACCAACGUCAUCCAGACCCGAUUCUACUCAGGAGAACUGGUCAAAGCUGUGGUGGUCAGGACCGGCUUCAGUACAGCUAAAGGUCAGCUGGUUCGCUCUAUCCUGUAUCCUAAGCCCACGGACUUUAAGCUGUACAGAGAUGCCUAUAUGUUCCUGCUCUGUCUGGUGGGAGUGGCUGGCAUCGGCUUCGUCUACUCAAUCGUCCUGAGCAUUAUGAACAAGGUUCCAGCUAAGACUAUCAUUAUCGAGUCUCUGGACAUCAUCACCAUCACUGUGCCCCCUGCACUACCAGCAGCCUUGACAGCAGGCAUUGUGUACGCCCAGCGGCGGCUCAAAAAACUGGGCAUCUUCUGCAUCAGUCCACAGAGAAUCAACAUCUGUGGGCAGCUAAACCUCAUCUGCUUCGACAAGACGGGCACGCUCACCGAGGACGGGCUGGAUCUGUGGGGCGUGCAGAGGGUGGAGAAUGGAAGCUUCCACCACACAGAGGAAAAUGCCUACAAGGAGAACCUGGUGAAGACUCACUUCGUGGCCUGCAUGGCCACCUGUCACUCUCUCACCAAGAUCGAGGGGCAGCUUUCUGGAGACCCUCUGGACCUGAAGAUGUUUGAGGCCACAGGCUGGAUCCUAGAGGAGGCUACAGAGGAGGAGACUUCUCUCCAUAACCGGAUCAUGCCCACUGUAGUGCGUCCCCCCAAACAGCUUCUUCCAGAACCUGCGAUGUCUCCAGAGCAGGACAUGGAGCUGUAUGAACUCUCAGUGUCGUACGAGAUUGGAAUCGUGCGUCAGUUCCCGUUCUCCUCGGCGCUGCAGAGGAUGAGUGUGGUGGCUCGUCUGCUUGGGGAGAAGAGGAUGGAUGCCUACGUUAAGGGGGCUCCAGAGGUGGUGGCGGGUCUGUGCAAGAGAGAGACGGUGCCGCCGGACUUCUCAGAGGUACUGGAGGACUACACCAAGCAAGGCUUCCGCGUCAUAGCCCUCGCCCACCGACGACUGGAGUCCAAACUCACCUGGCACAAAGUACAGAAUGUUAACAGGGAUCAUAUAGAAUCCAACAUGGAGUUCCUGGGGCUGAUCAUCAUGCAGAACAAGUUGAAGGCUGAGACUCCGGGAGUGCUGGAGGACCUCCGACGGGCAAACAUCCGCACAGUCAUGGUGACGGGUGACAACAUGCUGACCGCCAUCUCGGUGGCGCGGGACUGCGGCAUGAUCCCGCCACAGGACCGAGUCAUCAUUGCGGACGCCCUGCCCCCCAAAGACGGACAAGCGGCCAAGAUAAACUGGCGCUACGCCGACAAUCCCAGCAAGCUCUCCGGCAAGCCCGCUGUACUGGAGGAGGUGCAGAUCAGCUUGGAUGAUAAGCCUGAGGAGCAGAAGGCUGUGGAGCAGUACCACUUUGCCAUGAGUGGCAAAUCCUUCGCUGUGAUCACUGAGCAUUUCCAGGAUCUGCUCCAGAAGCUGGUUCUGCAUGGGACAGUGUUCGCUAGAAUGGCUCCAGAUCAGAAGACUCAGCUGGUGGAGACGCUACAGAGUGUUGAUUACUUUGUUGGAAUGUGUGGAGAUGGCGCCAACGACUGUGGUGCUCUGAAGAGAGCUCACGGUGGCAUCUCUCUGUCUGAGCUGGAAGCCUCAGUGGCCUCUCCGUUCACCUCCAGAACCCCCAACAUCUCCUGUGUGCCCAACCUCAUCAGAGAAGGCCGAGCAGCUCUCAUCACUUCCUUCUGUGUGUUUAAGUUCAUGGCUCUGUACAGCAUCAUCCAGUACAUCAGCGUCACGCUGCUCUACUACAUCCUCAGCAAUCUUGGAGACUUUCAGUUUCUCUUUAUUGACAUCGCAAUCAUCCUUCUUAUUGUGUUUACCAUGAGUCUGAAUUCAGCGUGGAAGGAGCUGGUGUCUCGGCGCCCCCCCUCCGGUCUGAUCUCAGGUCCUCUGCUCUUCUCUGUAAUGACUCAGAUCCUCAUCUGCCUGGGCUUCCAGACCCUCGCCUUCCUCAUGGUCCGCCAUGAGCCGUGGUACGAGACCUGGACCCCGGAGUCCGAUGCCUGCAAUACCUCCAUCCACCUCAACAUCUCAGAGAACAUGACGGAGAUGGAGGAGCCCGAUGAACACAACAUAAUGAACUACGAGAACACUACCCUGUUCUACGUGUCCUCGUUUCAGUACCUCAUCGUCGCCAUCGUUUUCUCCAAAGGCAAACCUUUCCGCCAGCCCAGCUACAAAAACUGGCCUUUCAUGUUGUCUGUGCUCAGCCUCUACGUGUUUCUGUUCGCCAUUAUGCUUUUCCCUGUUCCUGAAAUCGAUGAGUUUUUAGAGAUUGUGUGUGUUCCUAUGAAGUGGCGGCUAACUAUGGUAUUCAUAGUGCUGGCUAAUGCUGCUGUGUCUGUCCUAGUGGAGACCCUCGUCCUUGACGUCGUCUUAUGGAAGCUUGUGUUCAGCCGAGACAAGCAGGCCAGCUAUGGCGUCCUCCCAGCCGCCCCGCCACCACAGGGAGGACUAGACUGGUGUGGAUCCAGGUACCUCCCCUGGCUGUGCUGCCGGAGGAGGAGGGUCCCCAAAGCGAGAUACAUGCAUCUGGCCCAGGAACUGAGAGUGGACCCGGACUGGCCACCCAAACCCAAAACCACCACAGAAGCCAAACCGCCGUCUCUGCCGGAAAACAGCUCCUACCAAAUCAUGUCUACUUCCUAGCGCCCCCUAGCCACGACCUGCGACCUCGUAUCGGCGUAUCAUACUGGGAUCACCACUGGUGGGGGAUGUCACUAUAUAAUAAAAUAUAAUAUACAUUUUUUUUGGAAGAGAUGCUCCGUAAACUGGGACAUAAACUGGGGGAAGACUGGUAAGCUGAUGCUAAUGAACUACGGAAAACGGAUUACGGAAUUUUGUCUUUUUCUGCCCGGAGGAAACGGUCCGAAGAGAACAAACAGUAUCAGAGUCAGUAUCAGUAUGAGCCCGCUGGCCCUGCCCCCUUUUUUUUUUUUUCUUUUUUUUUUUUUGUGCUGCUUCAACUCCAUUCCCACCCCCCUUAUCUCUUAACCUUCACCCUUUAGGUGAAUGGGCACCAUGGGGCACCAUGGGCUGGGAACUGUGGAUGCCCCACAGGGGGCGUGGUCUUAUAUAUGGAUUCAUGGAUAUAUGGAUAUAUACACACACUAUGAGACCAGCAUUCGGACACAACCUUCAACAAUAUAAUAAAUACCUUUAAACUGACCCUUUCCAAAAAUAUGAAAUAUAUGGCUCAGACAGUUAUCGCAGUUAUCGGAGCUGCGUAAUCGGAGCUGAUUCAGCGUUGGAGCUGGGUACUCCAGACCUGAACUCGAUGAUGCGUGGCGCUGGUGGGAGGGUGGAGGUGUUGAAUGGUGGUGGUGAUGUUGGUGAUGCUGAUGGUGGAGAUGUGGUAGGGCUGCAUGCUAAAGCCUUCCGGAAACAUUGUCAGAAACCUGCAUGUGGAGCCGACCGGAAACUGUAACAGCUUCAGCGUACAGUAUUUACAGCCAUUUAAAGGAGAACUCUGGUGUAAAAUUGGCUUUGGGUGUAGUAAAACAUGAUAAAGAGUAGCUAACCUUUGAAUAGUUGAAUAGCACACUUCCAUCUUCCAGCAGCUUUUUGCCCAGCACUAUUGGGGCAUAUUUCCUGAAUAAAUCUCUUUUUACACCGUUAUUCACAAUCAAAGUAGCUCCAUACCUCAUUGGUAGAAUCCAGAGAGGUCUGACAUUUAAAACAAGGAAUUAAUAAGUUUUUUAAAAAACACUGUUUUCAGCCCAUAGUGCAGGUAAAUCUCUGAGCGCCGCCAUUACUGUACUGAUAAUGACAUAGAGAUAGACAUAUAUACAUAGACUCUGCAUAGUCUGCCUACUGGCUUAGCAGUCCAGUGGCGCCCAGUGUGUUUAUGUACACUGAGGAAGGUAAGGUGUUUAAUGCACCUAUAAUAAUCACAACUGUAGUAAUGAUACAGGAUGCUGUCACACAUUACAAAUACCUGCUUUCAUGCUGAAACUUUGUUAAAGAGCAUAAUACACAGUAUUUCUCAGUGUAAAUAAUUAUGCCUCGAAACUGGGCGCCGUCUGCUAUGCUAGGAGGCAGGCUAUGCGGAGUCUAUGUAUAUAUGUCUAUGUUGUCUAUGACAUUUUCAGUAAAGAGAUGACUGCGCUCAGAGAUUUACCUGGGCUAUGGGUUGUAAACAGUGUUUUAAUAAGCUUCUUAAUAAGCACUUUUAAAGGUAUUAAUGCCUCAUUUUAAAUGUCAGAGCUCUCCAGAUUCUACCAAUGAGGUUUGGAGCUACUUUGAGUCUGGAAAACAAAGUAAAAAGCGAUUUAUCAGGACAAAAUAUGCUUCAAAGCGGCCGUUGUAAAGAGCACAAAAUUACUGGAUCUCAAAAAAAAAAGCUGUGGAAAAGCGGAGGUGUGCUAUUCAACAUAGGUUAUUACUCUUUAUCAUGUGUUACUACACCCAAAGUCUAUUUAACACCGAAGUUCUCCUUUAAAUAAAUAAAUAAUAGUAAAAAAGUUGAAUUCUAAACAAGACAUGCAAGAUCCUUUUUUUUCUUUUUCGUAUUUCUUCCCAUGGAAGAACAGAGUUGUUAGAGGAUUAAAUAGAAGAGAAAUGCCAUGUGUACUCUCUUAAAGGGCGCAGUUGAUGAUCUAUGGGGCUGCGCCAGUCGGUCGACCUGUUAGCAGUGCUAGCGUGAGUGCCAGUCAUAAAAAAAAAAUAAAAGAGAGAAAUAGAGAGAGAUGUAGAGAAACGACUCAUAUGAAUGUGGUUCUCACACAGCGAUUAUACAUAUAUUAAUAUUCGUUUGAAGACUAUACAUUCACAUAUGGCAAUCUCAAACAGCACAGCGGCCAGACAUCGAGAAAAAUGGCCAGUAUACACUGAAACUGUAUUGUUCAUGGGGUGCGUUUACUAGGGGGAGGGGGGCGGGGCCAUUUAUGAUAAAACACUGUUGACUGGACAGUUGUUUAAUUCUGCGUUUUAUCCAUUAAGCAGAAAUCAUUAAUGAAUGAAUGAUUUGGUUAAUUAAGGCUCUAGAACUGUUUGCAGCAUCAUCCUCUGUUAGUUCCAUAAUACCGUAUUAACCAUUCACAUCUCCAUGUACAAAAAUGUGUAAGAGUAUGGAGAAAUGGGACUGAAACCAAAAGUGUUGAGACUCUGAUUCUUGAUUCCACACCUAUCCAUAUAAGGCUAGACUGAUUACAACCAUUUACAUCUUCUUUAUUAUGUCUGUAUUAAAUAUUUUUCAAAAUAUAUAUUUAUAUAUAUUUUUUUCUGCUUUUUGAUUUUUGCUAUUGCAGUGCAAUUAUCAAAGGACAACACAAUCUAUACAAUUAAUAAAUAAGUAAAUUAAUAAAUAAAGUGAAAAGCCUAGGGAUGCACCAAAAUAAUAAUGAUGAAAAAAAAAAUUGGCCAAAAUUGAAACUGUGAAAAAAUAAAAUAAAUUACAUGGGUUAAAAUAAAUAAAUAAAUAAAUAAAUUCUGCUCGUCAAUGGGACUAUCUCUGGAUAAUUAUCUUAAUUAACAAAAUUAGAUAACAAUCUAAUGAUCAGUUUGUAGCAUUGGUCUAAAUAAUGCACAAAAAACAUGAUUUUUUUUUAACUUUCCCAAUCGAAAAUCCUACUUAUCUUGAGUAUUUAAUAUAAAUUUUUCUACUAGAAAUGCAGAAAUUCUGAAAAGGAAAAUAAUAAUAAUGUAUUGCGUCUGUAAAUGCAUAAAUUAGCAUAAAUGUAUAUUUGUCCUGCUUUUCAAAGAAAGCACAGUAAAAAAAAACAAACAUAUUUAUUAAUCACUGAAUAUUUUUAAAAUACCACCUCACACAACAACAAAGCCCAGUAUAGUUUGUUCAUCGCUUUUCACAAUUAUUGCUGUUUUUUUGCCAAAUAAUUCCAGUUGCUGAAUACUUGGUGCAUCCCUACUCUUCCCUAGAUCAUUUCUGCGUUUUUCAACAAUAGCGAAAAGUUUGAGAUCCAGUUGUAUGUAAAAGUUAUUAUUGGAACAUAUUUUUUUUCCCUUAAUUCAGUUAAAUUCUGUUAAAAUUCAGCUAAAUAAUAGAUACUGUACUCUAAAAUGUAAAUGUUCCAGUUGUUUUCUUUUUUUUUUUUUUUUCUUUCUUUCUAAUUUUUCCCAUUUUCUCCCCAAUUUACACGGCCAAUUACCCAACCCACUCAUUAGGACUCCCCCUAUCACUAGUGAUGCCCCAACACACCAGGAGGAUGUAGACUAGCACAUGCUUCCUCUGAUACAUGUGAAUCAGCCACCGCUUCUUUUCGAGCUGCUGCUGAUGCUGUAGCAUUGCCGAGUAGCAUCACAGCUCACUCGGAGGAAAGCUCAGCAGCUCGGUUCUUAUAAAUCAGCUCACAGACGCCCUGUGCUGCAGACAUCUCCCAAGGAGUGAUGUGGGGAGAGAGCGCCAUCUACCCACCCGGAGGAAGCAGAGCCAGCUGUGCUCCCUCUGAGCGCUAGCAGAUUGAUGGCAAAGCUGCAGGAGAAGGUGCUCCAACCUGCGACCUCCCGCUCAUAGUGGCUGCGCUUUAAACCCCUGGAGGACUCGGCGCCCUCCAGUUAUUUUCUAUUUUAUUUAAAUUUUUCCAAACUUUUACAUACAACUAUAUUUCUGAUAGUUCUUCUUUAUAACUUUAAACUUUUCGAUGGUGCAACAGCAAAUCCAUGCAAAAUCGAGGCUACCUCUCGCUCAACUCGUUAAUCCACAUUUCCGCAUGUAUUCCGCAUUACUCUACGUGUUAAAUAAUCAGCCGUCAGCAUGCAGUAUUGUUCAGAUUUACAACUUCCCAAACAUCUGCGCAUAAUAAAUGUAUUUAUUUAUUUAUUUAUUUUAUUUUUUCCCCCCAGUGUAGAGAAUCAGACAUAUCAAGUUUAGAAAGCUAGUGCUGCUCUAUUGCUGCGUUCUGUGAUGUCGCUUUACAAUAUUACAAUAAUUUUACAAUAUUCUAUGACAUUUCCUACAGUUCCAAAAGUUAUUGAAAGUUGUUUAACUUUGGAGUUUGCCACAACAAUCCAUUACCAGUGUUUAAUAUCAAAUCCAGACAAAAUAUCAACAACUUUUGAUUAUUAGUAUUGUCCCAGGUUAGCAUUGUUAGCAAUACCAGUUAAAAAAAACCAAUGCAUUAUACAGUAAUUUGCACAUCUAAACAGCAUAUAAACAUGCCCACAGAAAGACAUACCAUAUUUUUUCGCACUAUAAGGUGCACUGGAUUAUACGGCACAUUAUGCAACACUAGUAAGGAACAGGGAUGUCGCCAUGUUUUCCUUCUAAUCAGCAGACUGGGUGGCGAGACCUGUAAAGCUAAAUUAAGUUAAGUAAACAAAAACUGCGUAAAGCAGCAUUCCGUUUAUUUACAGUUCGCUUAGAUUUCCAGAUUAACUGUGGUUUAAGGCUAACUGUGGUUAGCGGCUAAUUCUGCCAAAGAGCGCUAUACUGAUAAACCCUGAUGAGUCUUUCACUAAAUCAGGGUGAUAUUAGCUAGCGGUUCGUCCCACGUAGCUUGUUUUAACACAAUAAGAUACAGUAAGAUACAGCCCGAUAUAUAUACUCUACUCUGAACGAUGAAAGAGCUAGCGCUUAGCACGCAUAGUGGCUAAUGUUAAUACUGCUCCAGCAGUGCUAGCUGGAGUUAGCAGCCGGCUACAUGCUGAUAAUACUCACUUCUGAACUAUUAUGAAAGAGCUAACACUUUGGACAGUUAGUGGCUAAUGCUCAUUCUGCUUCAGCAGUGCCAGCCGGGGUUAGCAGCCGGCUACAGGUUCGAUAAUACUCACCUCGGAAUUAUUAUUAAAGAGCUAGCACUUAGCGCAGUUAGUGACUUAUGCUCAUGCUGCUCCAGCAGUUCUAGCUGGGGUUAGCCUCCGGCUACAGGCUGAUAAUGCUCACCUCUUAAUCAUUAUGAAAGAGCUAGCACUUAGCAUGCAUAAUGGCUAAUGCUCAUGCUGCUCCAGCAGUGCUAGCCAGGGUUAGCAGCAGAAAAUUAAAGGGUUUUAAGCGCACCUAAUAGUGCAAAAAAUAUGGUAUGUGAUUAAAAACUGUUAAAAAUGAUGCUUUUACUAAUGCUGGAUUCUAAUUGGUUGAAACACUCCCAACUUUCCCAAUAGGAAAUCUGAGUUAUCAAAGUAUUUCAGAUAAAAUGUCCUACUAGGAGCACAGAAAUUCUGACCUCUGAGUUGAAAAGGAACACAGUGUGAAACGUGAUGUAUUUAUAAUGUACUGCAAUACCGAUCAGUAACACAUAAUUUGGUACCACUUUAAAAUAAGCCUCCCUUAUAAGAGUUUAUAAAGGGUUUAUAAAGGAGUUUUCCAUCACUCAGCAUUAAUAUCUAAUAAAAUCAUAUAGAAAGUCAGUUUAAUAUAAAUAAACUUAUGUAAUGUUAGUAUACACUACAUUAUAACUACUGAAUGAAAAGACAAAGAUUAACAGUAUAAAUGAAUGUGAUAAAUUAAUCACUAUUUGUUGUAGCUGCUGAUUCUGUGUUUUUAAAGUAUUUACAAUGUCAUUAAUAAUCAUUUAUAGAUUCAUUUAUAAACCUUUAUAAACACUUUAUAAACAAGCAGCCUUAUUUUAACAUGUUACCGAAUCAUUCUUUGUUUUUUGUUUUUUUCUUAGUAUGAUUGAAUUAUAAUGAAUUUCAAUCCAUUCUAAACUUGUUUAAACUAGGGCUGGAUGAUUUAGUCAAAAUGUAUAUCAUAAUAUAAUAUAUUUUUACAUUUAGUUCAUUGUGGUAUAAUUCACAUAUUGAUAAGAACGUUAUAAAAGCCACAUAAAAAUGGCCAAGAAUGCCAACAAACUAUUGUCCUUAAAACUAACGAUAAAUGAUUUUAUCAGUUCCUGUAAUACAGUCUGUAAUGAAUGGCAGUCAGUAGCAGAUGCUGUAGAUCAGGGGUUCCCUGGCUAUAAAAUAUUUCAAAGUUGAGUGAAAUUGUCAAAAUGAGAAAGAAUAACUGUUUUACUUUAAAUAUUUUCAUCCAAACUAUGAAGAAAAACAUAUGGAUUCUUUUUUUUUUUUAGCAAACAAGUGUGUUAAACAAACCAGAAAAUGUUUUAUAUUUUACAUUCUUCAACAUAGCACCUCUUGCUUAGAUGAUCAGUUUUGCACAACUCUGAACUACUCAAAUAAGUAGUUAAAAGAACAAAUACUUUAAGAAAAAAAAUAAGAAUUUCAUCAAUUUUAAAAAGUAUCCUGAAGUGCAGUCACAAAAAGAACAUCAAAAAUGUUACGAUGAUGGAAAUGGCUCUCAUCAGGACCAUAACUGCUCCCCAGAUAAGAGCAGCUAAAUGCUUUACAGAGUAUUUUGGUUUGUUUAACACUUUUAAGUUACUACAUGAAUUCUUAUGUGUUCCUUCAUAGUAUAUAUUGUAUUGUGAUAUAUAUGUGGAUCUUGAAUUAUUGUCCAGCCAUAGUUUGAAUAUAUUUGCUCUAAAUUCAAUACUGACAUAUCCUAUUAAAACUUCUAUAAUCUACAAUAAAUAAAUAGUGCUGAAUGAAUUGGACUGAUUGAUUAAUGACUAUUCUAUUGGACGGUCACUGGUUUUCCUUUUGACUAGUGAUAAAUAUAUAUAUAUUUAUGAUGUGCCGAAACUGUGUUAUUAACAUUUUGACCGCUGCUGCUCCUUUACUUGCAGAAAUCUGCAAAAAAAAAUGCAAAUAUGUCUUUACAUACAACACAGCCAAAAUUAAAUGGACAUUUCUGGUUGGAAACGGCUUCAUGCAAACUCUCAUAUUUGCUGCAGUGUUGGCUUUUGUGAUAUGAAAUAAGGAAACUAAUCCUGACUGAUCAUCUGAAUUGUUUAUUAUUAUUAUUAUUAUUAUUAUAUUUUUGUAUUAUUAUCAUAUUUCUUAGAAAACAAUGCACACUCAAAAACUCACAAAAUAUUGUUUAAUUUUUUCAAAAUCUUUUCUUUUUUUCUUUUUCUUUUUUUUGCUGCCUGCGUGUAUCUGUUUCUGAAAGCUGAAAGUGUAUUUUGUAUAUUUAAUAACUCUUACUCAAACCUGACUUCAGAAUCAUCAGCUGUCUCUCUCUGUAUUUUCUCUGUUUGGGGCCUUGGUUAAUUUUAUUAUUUUUAUUUGAUAAUUUUUCUCUCUAAAUAAGGGCUGUAGAUGAGUUCCCCUCAUUCUUAUCUUUCGGUACUGUUUGAAUGUUUCCUUUAUUCUAAAUAAUCAUGUUCAUCUGUCUUUCUGAGUGUCUGUCUGUCUGUGAUGUCCGUGUAUCUGUCCUCUGAUGAUGUUUUAAGAUCACACAGAAUAUGCUGGGCAUUUCCGCAGCGAUGGAUUGGUUUAAAUUUAUUACUGUAAUUAAAGAAUAAUUGUAGAUGAUAUGAGCUAAAUUGAUAUGAUCCUCUAUAAAAUCGAGAUAUUAUAAUUAAUCAGCGUUCAGAAUCCAGCCCAUUCAUCUCAAUGUGUUAUGCAUCGUGUAAAGUCCAGGAGACCCUGAAAAAAAAGUUCUUAAAAGUCAUUUUUUAUUUAAAUAUUUAUAAAAAUGCAUAAGGGAUUCUGCAGAAAAAAUAAAAUAAAAAUUGCCAAAAUGUCA